AUGCAGCGCCGGGUCGACGGGGGCCGGCGUGUGGUGGUUGCCUAUCUCUCGAUUGGCGAGGCAAGUGAGUUCCGCGCCCAUUGGCGCCGUGAGUGGACCCGCAGCGGUCGCGCACGGGGCGCGCUGACCGGCGCCGCACCGGCUUGGCUGGGACCGGUGAACCCCGAUUGGCCAGAGUCGCGGAAGGUCCGCUACUGGGACCCGGCGUGGCAGGCGAUCGUCUUCAACGACGCGCGCAACGGCUGGCUCGAUCAGAUCGUCGCUCAGGGAUUCGACGGGGCGUACCUCGACAUCGUCGAUGCGUAUUACUUCUGGGGCGCGAAGGCGAAGCAGCGCGAUCGCCGCGAUGGUGAUCCGAUCGACCAACAAGACGCCGCGCGGCGGAUGGCGGCGUUCGUUGUUUCAUUCACCGCGCACGCUCGGCAAGUGAACCCCAAAUUCUUUGUGAUCCCGCAGAACGGCGAGUUCCUGUUGAACGACUUGCGGCACGGCAAGCAUCCCCAACCAGAUGACGCACAGCUCGCCGGGGACUAUCUGGACACGAUGGGCGCGAUCGCGAUCGAAGACACGUACGACCGCGGCGACGAGGAUGAGAACAACGCGCUGGCGACCGACGGCGACAAGGUCGAGGUGCUGAAGUCUGAUUUCCUAAAAGAGGGCAAGGUGGUGCUCGUUGUGGAUUACGUUAACGAUGGUGAAUUGGUCGCUGACUUCUGCCGCCGCGCUCGUGCGGACGGGUUUAUUCCGUACGCGGCGCCGACGCGACCGAUGCGACACGGCUUGCUCCCCCUCUUAGCGGUCCUGAUGGCUGCCGCGUGCCAUGCCGCGGAGCGGACGGAUCGCGCCGCGCCGAUCGAUCGUGAGGACCCCAUUGAUCGUGAGGCGUUGGUCCGGCGGCACAACAUCGUGCUGACCGAGUUCCACGACGACUCACCGCUGGCGGUGGGCAACGGGACGUUCGCGUUCAACUUCGACGUGACAGGUCUGCAGACUUUCCCGAGCGAAGAGCCGGGCGCCGUGCCUCUAGCGACGAUGGCCGAGUGGGCAUGGCAUUCGUUCCCCGGCAGCGAGGACGUGCCGUACGAGGCGGCGCUGCGUGAGUACACCGUGCACGGCCGCAAGGUUUCGUACGCGACCGAUAUGAAGAGCGACGCCGCCAAGUCGCUGCGCGCCAAUCCCCACAAGUUCAACUUGGGCCGCAUCGCCCUGCGGCUGACGCACAAGGACGGCAGCGCGGCGAUCCGCGACGACAUCAAGUCACCGCGGCAGACGCUCGACCUGUGGACGGGCGAAGCGGUGAGCGAGUUUGAGUUCGAUGGCGAGCCGGUGACGGUGCGGACGGUUGCUCAUCCGAAGAUGGAUGCGGUGGCCGUGUUGAUCGAGUCGCCGCUUGGCGCUGAAGGUCGUGUGGCGAUCGACGUGACUUUUAGCUAUCCCACGGGCGAAUGGGGCCCGCGGAUGGAUGACUGGUCGAAGCCGGAGCGGCAUAAGACAGAACCGUUGAUAAGUGACGGUAGCGUCGACGCACUCUCUGUGCGUGAGUUAGAUGGGUCCCGCUACGGUGUCUUUCGAACACAGCGACACGUCGACGGCGAUGUUUACGGCGCCGAUCCGCAUUCCUGGCGGAUUGGAUGGCGUACUGAAAAGAAUGAAGUGUUGAUUGCAUUCACAGAAGGCUCGAUCAGUGGUGGCGGCGAUUCCAAUUACGCGGCAAACCUUCAAACCUCCGCCGACCAUUGGAAAAAUUUCUGGCAGCGUGGCGCGGCGAUCGAUCUGUCGCAGAGCACCGAUCCGCGUUGGCGGGAGCUGGAGCGUCGUAUCGUGUUGUCGCAGUACCUGACGGCGUUGCACUCGGCGGGGACGAUGCCACCGCAGGAGACGGGGCUCGUGUGCAACUCUUGGUUUGGCAAACACCAUCUCGAAAUGCACUGGUGGCACGCGGCGCACUUUGCGCUGUGGGGUCGGGCGGACCUCUUGGAGCGGAGCCUCAGCUGGUACGAGGAGAUCCUGCCCGCUGCGCGACGCAUCGCGGAGCGGCAGGGUUACGCGGGCGUUCGCUGGCCGAAGAUGACCGAUCCCGAGGGCGUUAGCAGUCCGAGCUCGGUUGGCGAACUCUUGAUCUGGCAGCAGCCGCACCCGAUCUGGCUCGUGAAACUGCUGUACGACGCGGACCCGACGCCGGAGACGCUCCAGCGCUACUGGCCGAUCGUCGAGGCGACGGCCGACUUCAUGGCGGACUACGCCCACUACGAUGCGGAGAACGAUCGCUAUGUGCUCGGCCCGUUACUGGUCGCCGCGCAGGAGAGUUAUAGCGGGCUCAAGGAAGGCGGCGUGCUCAACCCGACGUUUGAGCUGGCCUACUGGCGCUGGGCGCUGGGUGUGGCGAGCGAGUGGCGUGAGCGGAUGGGGCUGCCGAAGAACGAGAAGUGGAUUGAGGUGGCGGAGAAGAUCGCGAAGCCUACCGUUCGCAACGGUGAGUACGCGGCGAUCGAGACGGCGCCGUACACGAUCCGUGAGGACCACCCCUCGAUGCUCGCGGCCUUCGGCAUGCUGCCCGACGUGGGCCUCGUGGACCGCCAAGUGAUGGACCGGACGCUUACCGGCGUGCUCGACGAUUGGGACUGGCAAUCGACGUGGGGUUGGGACUGCCCGAUGGCGGCGAUGACGGCGGCGCGGCUAGGCCGGCCCGAGGACGCGGUCGCACUGCUGCUGCGCGACACGCCGAAGAACGGCUACCUGCCGAGCGGCCACUGCUGGCAAGAGAACCGCCUGCCGGUCUACCUGCCGGCAAACGGCGGCCUGUUGUACGCGGCCGCGAUGAUGGCGGCGGGCUGGGAGGGCGCCGACGCGUCGCAGCACGCGCCGGGGUUUCCGGCGGAUGGGUCGUGGGUGGUGCGAUAUGAGGGGAUACGGCGAGCGGAGUGA